GGCGGGACAGGGGCUCCAGUUGGCCCACUUGCGGCUGGAGAUUGUUUUGUGGGUUUGCGGCCGAAGCGCGUUUUUUGUUUUUUGUCAAUUAAAAAAAAAAAAUCCGAUGAUUUUUUGCUGAGGCCUUGGAGAGGGAGCAGGCCGCUUGUUCUUGGUGUAUUCUUGUUGUCAUCACCGGGACACAAUCGUGCGACAUGAGGGUGAAAGUGAUGGCGGCGGACGCCGACUUCCAGCCCGAGCUGAGCACCGCCGGCUGCAGGUUGACGGUGGUGAAGUUCACCAUGAAAGGGUGUGGACCGUGUGUGCGAAUAGCUCCGGCUUUCAGUGCAUUGAGUUCCAAAUACCCACAUGCUGUUUUUCUGGAAGUUGAUGUGCAUCAAUGUCAGCAAACAGCAGCAGCCAAUAACAUCACUGCAACGCCAUCUUUUUUGUUCUUCCGAAAUAAAGUGAAAAUUGAUCAACUUCAUGGAGCAGAUGCCAACGGAUUGGAAGAGAAAAUUAAGCAACAUCUAGAAAAUGAUCCUGGAAUUGAAGAUUUGGACAUUCCAAGAGGAUAUAUGGAUCUGAUGCCAUUUAUAAAUAAGACUGGGUGUGAAUGUCUUAAUGAAAGUGAUGAAUAUGGAUUUGAUAACUGUCUACUAAAAGACACAACGUAUUUGGAAUCUGAUUGUGAUGAACAACUUCUUGUGACAAUAGCAUUUAACCAACCGGUCAAGCUUUACUCGAUGAGGCUUCAGGCUCCUGAAAACGGCCGUGGACCCAAGUUUGUGAAAAUAUUUACCAAUUUGCCACGUUCAUUUGAUUUCGAUGAUGCUGAAAGAAGUGAACCAACCCAAACAGUGGAGUUAACACCUGAGGAUGUUAAAGAAGACGGAGUCAUCCCACUGCGCUAUGUCAAAUUUCAGAAUAUUAAUAGUGUAACGCUUUUUAUCAAAUCCAACCAAGGUGAUGAGGACACCACAAGGAUUAACUAUCUUGCAUUUAUCGGAACACCUGUACAAACAACAAAUAUGUUGGACUUUAGGCGGAUUGCUGGAAAGAAAGGAGAAAGUCACUAACUGAAUGAAGAAAAAAACUGGGUAUGCAUUGAUAGGACCGCACUUGGCCAACAUUGUAUUUUCAGGAUCCUUGUAAUAUCAUCAAUACCAUGACUCUUGACUUGGUUCUCUUGGUUCCAGACAUGCAAGCAAAUCAUUGUUGAGUUCAAAUAUUUUGUGGAUUAUUCUUGAAUGUAAUGAACUGAUUUAAUUAUUUUCUGGCCAAUGAGAAAAUCAUCCUGGAUGUCUCCUUGGAAUGCACCUGGAAGUUAGAGUUGUGCACUUAGCCUUGCUGUAACUAGCCAACCUAAAUGCGGUGAAACUAUUCAGAUCUUCACAUGGAUUCCAAUGGUGAGCAGGGAGCUGUUCCCCUAAAUUUAACAACUACUAAAAUGAUUACGUUUGUUGUCUGUCAACUCUAUUGCAAAUAGUGUUGGAUAAUUAAAAUAAUGUUUACCUAA